UUUUGUAGCAUAUUUUGAAGUUAAAAGACAAAUACGUGUGACUGCUCUUCAGGCGUUCUCGGAGGACGCCCGAUUCUAGCCCCAAUGCAUUGUGGUGCCUUCCCCGCUCUUGUGUCGGGAUCCACCGCUAACGUGAAGCUGUGGGGAGGACCCAGAGUUUCUUCAGACAUGUCCGUGAGGGAGUCUUUUAACCCCGAAAGCUAUGAGCUGGACAAGAACUUCAGGCUCACACGCUUCGCUGAGCUCAAGGGCACAGGCUGCAAGGUCCCCCAAGAUGUGUUACAGAAGCUGCUAGAAACCUUACAGGAGAACCACUAUCAAGAGGAUGAACAGUUCCUGGGGGCAGUUAUGCCUCGAUUAGGCAUAGGCAUGGACACCUGUGUGAUUCCUCUCAGACAUGGAGGCCUUUCUCUGGUCCAGACAACAGAUUACAUCUACCCCAUCGUGGAUGACCCCUACAUGAUGGGGAGAAUUGCUUGUGCCAAUGUUCUAAGUGACCUGUACGCCAUGGGAGUUACAGAAUGCGACAACAUGCUGAUGCUUCUGGGAGUCAGCAACAAAAUGUCAGAAAAAGAAAGAGACAAAGUCAUGCCGCUGAUCAUCCAGGGAUUCAAGGAUGCAUCAGAGGAGGCAGGAACAUCUGUAACAGGAGGACAGACGGUGCUCAACCCCUGGGUGGUGAUGGGAGGAGUUGCUACAACAGUCUGCCAGCCCAAUGAGUUUAUCAUGCCAGACAAUGCAGUGCCAGGAGAUGUGUUGGUGUUAACCAAACCGCUGGGAACACAAGUGGCUGUUGCAGUACAUCAGUGGCUAGAUAUUCCCGAGAAAUGGAACAAGAUUAAACUUGUGGUAACCCAGGAAGAUGUAGAGCUGGCCUACCAUGAAGCGAUGAUUAACAUGGCCCGGCUCAACAGGACAGCCGCCGGUCUCAUGCACACCUUCAACGCUCACGCAGCCACCGACAUCACAGGGUUCGGCAUCCUCGGCCACGCUCAGACGCUGGCACGACAACAGCGAAGUGAGGUGUCGUUUGUCAUCCACAACCUCCCAGUGCUCGCCAAGAUGGCUGCCGUGUCCAAGGCCUGUGGGAACAUGUUUGGACUCAUGCACGGCACCUGCCCUGAAACAUCGGGCGGCCUCCUUAUCUGUUUGCCUCGGGAGCAAGCGGCCCGCUUCUGUGCAGAGAUCAAAUCUCCAAAAUACGGGGAGGGCCACCAAGCAUGGAUCAUCGGGAUUGUAGAGAAAGGAAACCGCACUGCCCGUAUCAUCGACAAACCAAGAAUCAUAGAAGUGGCACCACAAGCAGCCACGCAGAAUGUCAACCCGACACCCGGUGCAACUUCGUAAUCUUCCUCUGCUGCGUCAUCGACCGGAACCCAAAAGCUCUGCUGAGUGAUUUUAGACACAUAAACUACGAAAACCAUCCUAGAGUGUUGAAAUAUAUACACAAAAUAGUAUGUACACAGAAAAGACUGGGUUGGCGUGUAUCAUCAGGAAAACAGCCCCACACAGUGGCCUCGGGGGCACGUCACCACCCAGUGGACUCAACCUGCAGUAUCCCCCGUCAUAACAAUUGGUAAGAAAUAGGGCGUUCUGAAAAUCCAUUUGCCUUUUGUGUCUGUUGUUUUCUGUUAUGUUAAAUGUGCUCGGCUGGCAGGCAGCUUCUGACAAGAGAGUGAUCGUUACGGUGGAAACAGUGAUGCGUUAUUGCUGAUUCAUUUUGAAUCUUAGAAAGCCUGGAGUCUGUUGCCUGUUUGGAGCUUUUAAAAUUGCUCUCAUCAAACAAACAAACAAACAAAAUGUAUGGUGUCUUUGUUUGUUGUUCAUUCACUUUGUACAGUUAUAAAGCCUAGUUUUAGUUUGUUGCUGUAACUGAUGCCUUGAAAGAAACCGAGUGUGACCAGAACGGCUUGUUUUUAUUACUUUGACUUUUUGUAUUGUCCCCACAUAAACUAAUAAAUAGUCAAACAGAAGACAGUUUGUUCUCGCUACUUUGGAGCUGCACUCAUGUGAAUACGCUCAAUCAAACUGGACACUAUCUAGACACAUUGUAAAACUUCAGGUUGAUUGUCCACUGAAAGAACUGAUGCUGCUUCACUGUGCAUUGUUCUGAAGUUAGAAAUGAAUCUCGGGUGACACAAAAUCCGCAUAAUCCUCAGGAGAUAAACCUUAUGCCACUUGCACUCCCAACAUGCCAUCAUUUUAACAUGAAAUGAUGUGAGUUUUCAUUAAAGAUCCCAAAGUUGCUUAACAAAGGCAGCCUAGAUUGCUAAUGAACAACCUCUAAUCAGUUAUCUUGUGGCCUCGUGGUUCAGAAUCUGGUGCAUUUUGUUUUUACUGAAGGUGUGCUGAGAGCAGUCUGAGCUGAAGAAAUGAAGCUUCCAGCCGGUCAGAGUUCACAUCUUUUUUGUUUUCCCUAGUACCUGGGGGUAACCUGGAAGCUCUCUGUAAAUGUUAAGGAACAAGAUAUAAUCUCCAUCCCACCUCUUACAAUAAACUUCUCUUAUAAUA